CACACACACACACACACACACACACACACACACACACACACACACACACACACACACACACACACACACACACACACACACACACACACACACACACACACACACACAGAGGUGAACGGAAGCACGCGCUGGGACGAGAGGCAUCACGAUCUCGCAGGACGCAGGAUCUCCCGCAGCAGGUGAACAAACACAAGACUCUGUACUGAACCCUGAGACUAGAGCAGAGCCAUGAAUUUCGUGAUGAAGGCAGCGAUGGGAGGUGGGCCUCCGGAUGUGGGGAAGAUGUUGGGAGGAGAGGAAGACAAAGACCCAGAGGCAGAGCGAGAGAAAGAGGAGGAGAGGCAAGAGGCUCUGAGGCAGCAGGAGGAGGAGAGGAAGGCCAAGUACUCCAAGAUGGAGGCUGAGAGGGAAGUGAUGCGGCAGGGCAUCAGGGACAAGUACGGACUGAAGAAGCGUGAGGUAGCCGAGGCCGAGGCUCAGGGUGCAAUAGACGCAGCAAGUGAAGGCAGUCUGACUCGCCCCAAGAAAGCCGUGCCGUCCGGCUGUGGAGACGAAGACGAAGAGGAAGAGAGCAUCCUGGACACAAUGAUGAAAUAUCUACCAGGACCACUGCAGGACAUGCUGAAGAAAUAACACACACACACACACACACACACACACACACACACACACACACACACACACACACACACACACACACACACA